AUGAUGCACCCAAAUUUAAUUUUUGGCACCAAGACACCAAAAAAGGAAAAACAGAAAAAUGUCUUCUCAAAAAAUGAUGAUGCCACCAGCCAACGCGCUGACUGGCGCCCCCCACAGGAGCACCUCCGCCAACGCAAACCGAGGAAGGAGGGCGGGGGCAGGAGGCAAGACCUCGGCUGGGGGAGUCCCCGACGCCCCGAAACCCUCCGCCCCCGCAGGGCCACCCACCCAUCUCCAACCCGGGGCGGCGGCGGCGGCGGAGGACGAGGCCCCCAGCGCGCCUCGGAGAGGGAAGGGGGCGAGGGGAAGCGCAGGAACAGGGGCCCCUUUUCGAACCCCGACCCCGCGCUCCCGGGACAACCCCGAGUGCCCUUCCAGCCCGGCCCCGCUGCGGAGGCCGCGCGGAGGCCGGCGGAAAUCCCCCGCGCACCCCCCCCCCCCGCUCGGGAAGUUCUCGAGUGUCACCCCGGCACCCCGAAGGCUGCACCCACGCCCCCGCCCCGGGCCGGAGGGAGAGGGGUGGGCGAGCGGGUGGGGCGCCGAGCCCGGAGCCUCCCGGGGAGCCUCCCGCCGCCGCCGGUGCCAGCCGGCCGGGUUGAGCCCGGGGCAUCCCCACGGAGCGCAGACGGGCAGCGGGCGGCGGGCGGAGGGGUGGGGGGGCGGGGACCGGAGUCCGAGGCUCCGGGAUUCCGACGGCGGCUCGAGUCAAGUGCAGCGCCCCGGCUCUGCCCACGCCCCCGCCCGGGCUCCGCGAGACGCGGUCCGCCGGAGGGCACCCGCCCCGCGCCCCCCGUCCCCGCCCCGCUUUGGCCCCGACCCCACCCGGCACCGCGCAUCCGGACCCCCGACUCCGGCCUCCUCCAUGCCCCGGGGAAGCUCGACGAGCUUCGUGAACUCCCCGCUCCCUCCACACCACCGUCCCCCGCCGUCGCCGUGGGCCCCCCGGGGGUCGCGUGCCCCUGCCUCCCGCCGCGUCCACCCCGGCCAGCCCGGCCGCACCUGUGCCCGCCGCCGCCACAGCCGCCGCCGCCGCCGCUCGUCUGCUCCCUUCAGCUGUGCCGGCGCCGCCGCUCCGAACCCCACACACAUCGCUACACACAGCCCUCUGACGUCACCGAGCCCUCGGCCCGCCCACGUCACUGCGGAGACACACGGCUUCCCGCAGACGCCGCCGCCGCCGCCGUCUCCGGCCGCCCGGGGGAGAGCGAGGGCGGCGCGGGGGGAGGGGAGGCUGGGGCCCCAGCCAGCGGCGGCGCCGCACUUUUCUCCUGGUGUUCCUGCUUCUCUGUGGCUCGUGUGGGGUCCGCCUUUGGAGCCAGCCGCAGAUGCCACCUGCCCCCCUCUUCUUCCCAAAGGCUCACGAGCCUCUCGUUCUCCCCCUUCCCCUCCACUCCCACUCCUACGCCCAAGUUCCUGUCCUUAACGCCCCCGUCCAUCGCGGUGCUCUCAGCACCGGCUUUGAGAAUCGCAGUCUCCUUCACCCAGAGCCCUACACCAGAGACUCUUUUGAAUGGCACUCCAUCCCUCCUCUCAAAGCUACCAGUCAGAUCCCACUCGUGGCGGUGUAAGGCUGGUAGAGACCUCUAUCCUAGAGCAGGUGCGGCUAAAAGGGUGAGAGCCUCGAAGCCUGUUCUCGGCGUUCGUAGAACAUUGCCCCUUUGCAAAUGUGAUCCUGAGAACUUCAUCUCCGUUCUCCCACCCAGACAUGUCCCCACCACCACCACCACCACCAUCACUCGGCAUAAAGUCUAA